AUGCGUUCUUUUAUUUGACAACGUGAAGACGACUCGGAGACUAGUCCAUUCUUCUAUCAACCGCACACAUUUGCAAUGAGCUGUUGCAUAUGUCGAUACGAUAUCUGUAAUUUGGCCGUAUAUCAGGAAAUCACCGAUAAGCCUUUGGAGAGCCUUGUAUAUUACUCAUUUUCAAAUGAUGUAUACAAAUCUCCUUUCUUCGUUGCCUUUGAUGACGAAUCGGAAUCCAUUGUUGUAUCCAUUCGUGGGACCCUGUCAGUGGAAGAUGCAAUCGUUGAUAUGCUGAUUGAGGGUAACCAUCUCACCCUUGAUGAAAUCCCUUCUGAUGUCCCUGUGGAAGACCACGCCGACUUCUUCGUUCACAUGGGAAUGCUCUCCUCUGCUCGCAAUAUUCGUGACAUGAUCCUUCGUGGCCAGUUGAUUGAGAAGGCUAGAGCACAUAGACCGAAUUACCCCCUAGUUAUUUGUGGCCAUAGUCUGGGUGCAGGUGUUGCAUCUGUUCUGGCCCUGCUGUUGAAAAAGCUCUAUCCUGAAGUCAAAGCGUAUGCUUACAGUCCUCCGCUGGGUCUUAUGAGGUUAGUUUGCUCAAAAAUGGCGCGUUACUGCAAACCGUUCGUCGUUUCCAUCAUUCUUGGUUAUGACAUUGUUCCCCGAUUGAGCAUACCAACACUAAAUGAUCUCAAAUUUCGUCUUCUCUCUGCUCUACAAGAUUGCUCUGUUCCCAAGUACAAGAUUCUUUCCAAUGCAGUUCGUAUUCUCAGUCUUAAUUGCAUUCGUUCGGCUAGACGCAAUGCCAGCAGCAUCGGGCUAGAUUCAAGUCUCUUUGAUUCCACAACGCAACAUAGACUCGUGCAUCCUAGAGUGUAUAACCCUAGGGGUGCGUCGACUACUGCGCCCUCUGCUGACGCUGCUUCUCUCAUGCAAGAGGAAGGAAGGGCUACUGAUGCGGUUACAGCCGGUAAGUACAAGGAGUGUGUGUGUGUGUGUGGUGUUUUGCGGCUUAUUUCUUAUGGGUUAUCUUAA